AAAAUACACACUAUAUUACUACGAAAAUGUCUAAACUAUAUGUGUUGGCACUGGUAGUCAUCGGCUGUGGCCUGGUAUGCGCUCAAAUGGAUUUAACCGGCUAUGAGGACAUAAUUAAAGUCGUUUGUGUGCCCAGACUAUCACGUGAUAAAAAACAAAUCAUGGACCAAUGCGAUAAGCUCAUUCCCAAAUUUAUACGUACAGGGUACAGUGGCUGUGUCAAGGAAGUGCUAAAAAUCACCAAAUUGACUAAACCCGCGCUAUGCUACCAGGUCACCGAUGGCAAAAAGUUGGCUCCCUGUGUUCAACGUAAGGAAAAAGCAAACGCUAAGAGAUUGCCGGCCGGUGUGGACGUGGAGACUAUGCGGCGACAACUGACCGCUGAAUACAAGACUUGCGCGCAGAAAGUGCUGUAA